AUGAAGUUUUGCAUUAGACUAGUUUUUGCAUUAGACCAGUGCGGCCCAACACCCGCUACUGGGUGUUGGGCCGUGCUGGGCCGAGUACUGCUAGAGAGAGGAGCCGAUGUCAACGCCGAGGGUGGAGUUUACGGCAAUGCCCUCCAGGCUGCUUGUGCUAGAGGACACGACAAGAUUGCCCAGAUACUGCUAGAGCGAGAAGCCAAUGUCAACGCGGAGGGUGGAGUUUACGGCAAUGCCCUCCAGGCUGCUUAUGCUGGAGGAUACGACAAGAUUGCACAGAUACUGCUAGAGCGAGGAGCCGAUGUCAACGCCGAGGGUGGAUAG